GGUCACUCUUUCUUUUACAGACAACUGAAAGUUAAGUUUCUCUGAACAUGAAAGUGAAAGUUCGCCUCAGUUCGCGUCGCGUCGCCUCCUGAGCUCCAUAUAACGGCGCUCCGCAGGCAGAUGUUCACACAGCUGCAGAGUCCGAGGAGACGAGAUGAGUGCUGCUCAGAGUGACAUGGCACUGGAGGACAGACUGGGGGCGCUGCAGUGCCACUUCACCUGGAAGCUGAACCCCAGCAGGAACAAACUUUGGAGACUCAAGGACAAGCUGCAGGACAUCGGCACAGAGGAAGGAUGCAAGUGGCUGGGUCACAUUUACAACCUGCAGGGGUACGUCCACUUCCAGCUGGGGUCCACUGAAGAAGCCAGGAGUUUCUUCAGCAGAGCCGCGGAGGCCUUCAGGCAGACGAGAGGAGCAGACGAGGGUCCCUGGCUGGUGGUGACCUACGGGAACCAGGCCUGGCUGCACCAUCAUCAGGGAGAACGAGCAGAGAGUCGGGCUUGUCUGUCAAAGAUCGACGGCCUGAGGACUGAGUUUCCAUCGCAGGACGGGCUGCACCCGGAGAUCUGUGCUGAAAAAGCCUGGACUCUGAUGAACUUCAGCGGAGAACAGCAGCUUCUGGCAGAUCAUUACUUCCAGAGAGCCAUCCGGCUGCAGCCGGGUGUGGUGGAGUGGCAGACCAGCCACGUGUUAGGGUUAGUGAACAUGUCCAAACACAGCGAAACAGGGGUCGAGGAAGACAUCAUGAAGAAACUGAGAGAAGCCAAGGAACAGGAUCCAGAGAACCUGUACCUCGCUGCCGUUUACCUCCUGCAACUCGCUAAGAAAGGACAACCAGACAAAUGUGGAGCACGCGAGUUAGCCACAAAGGUUCUGAUAAACCCUGUCAGCAGCUACAGUGGAAUCAAAGCUUUGCUGAGGUUGUACAGAACCUUCCCCUCCAUGGACGAGGCUGUUGCUUUGGCAGAAGAGGCUCUGAAGCUACAUCCGGAUGAACGUUAUCUGAAAAGAUGUGCCGCACUCAGCUACAAAUGGAAGAUCUGGGAGGAGGACAGUCACUCAAGUCCGAGCCUGAUAGAGAAAGGGAUCUGUGCCCAUGAGGAGUUGCUUUCUCUUUAUCCUCAUUCCUCAUUUAUGAAGAAAAUUGACAUCGCAGGUAUUUACGCAAAGUCAGAGAACACCAAGGCCAAAUCUGAGGAGAACUUCCAGCAGCUGCUCGCAGAGGAUCUGGAACCUGCUGAACAACAAAUCUUAUUCAACAUCUACGCAAACUAUCUGUUCUUCACUCAACAUAACCAUAAGAUGUCAAUCCAUUAUCACAUGAAGGCGGCGAAGAUACCAAUCGAGUCCUCCCAUCAGGAGAGAAGCAUCCAGACUCUGGAGAAUAUCAGAGACAGAGAGGGGAACCGAAAAGUAGACAAGUUUCUGUCCAGGCUGAAAGAGUCUCAGGAAUAAAUCCACCAAAUAUCAUCCACACACAAUCUGAAUCUAUUUGCAUUCAUCUAAUUCAGGGGAAAGUAAAUCCACGUAGAUUUAUAGAUUCAGCUGUUGUGAACACUGAUGAUCACAUUUUAAUUCAACUUGUAUUUGUACGGAGCCAAAUCACAACAGAGCGACUGACAGGGGAAAGUGGUCGAGUUCGUUUUUCAGUCUAACAUUUAAUAUCUAUAUAUACGUAUUAAAAAGUCUUCAAUAUAAUUUCUCUAUCUGUAGAAUACCUCUUCAAUUGUUUUCAGAGUGGUUGUAAUAUUGACGUUAAUAGUAGUGAUGCAUUUAGAUGUAACAGCAGGUUUCAGGUAUGAAAGAUUCAUACAUUAUUAUUAGAGGAAGACAACAUUGAAACAUAUUCUUAAAAACCAUAUUAAGUGGAAACUGGCUGCAGUCAUCAUGUGUUGCUGAUGUGGAGGAGAUGUUUGCUCGCUCCUUUAAAAAACAGCUUGUUUGUAAAGUUUAUUAAACAACAGAACAGACUCUGUAUUCAAUUUACUAAUGUUUUGAGUGAUGAAAAUUGAACUCUGUCAAGUGUUUUUGUUAAAUUGAAUGUUAAUUUGUAGUAUAACCUGAAUAUAUGAACAGGUUUGCAUGCACAGAGUAUUUCAGCUGUACUAAUGCUAUUAAACACUUCUUCUUUAA